CAUGCGACCGCGACAUGGCUACACUGUGUCACGUUCGUUGCUAAGCCUACAGAUGCAAACUGCAAGACGCUCCCUCCCCUCCCCACCCUUCUCCCCCCUCCUCUCUCUCGUUUCGAAGAAACCACAGGCUGCGGCGCCGCCCGUGCGCCGGCCGCCGGUAGCGUAGCGGGAGGGAGCGGAGUGGCUUGGAAGGGGCGGCGGCCAAUGGGGGUCCUGGGCGACGGCUCCGGGUGGUGCUUCUGCUCCGGCGGGGCCAAGCUGGAGCGGAUCAAGAACACCGUCCUCGCUGCCAAGGGCGCCGCCGUCGCCGCCGUGUCCUUCCCCGGCGGCGGUGGCGAGAGGGGAGGAGGAGGAGGAGGGAGCGGGUUCCUCAUCCACCGCGGCCUCCUGCUCACCACCCACGGCACCAUCCCCUCGGCCGCGGUCGCCGGCACCGCCGAGGUCCGGCUCAGCCACGGCCGCCUCCCGGCUCGCCUCGUGCCGCAGAGAUUCUUCAUCACUAGCCCCAUUUUGGACCUUACAAUAGUGGGUCUUGAUGUGGUGAAUGAUGACUUAAAUUCACAUGGACAACAGCCUCAUUUCCUAAAAACCUGCCUCAACCCCAGCUUGGACCUUGGCAGUACGGUUUUGCUCCUGGGUCACACAAAGAGAAAAGACCUGACGAUAGGCGAAGGGAAGGUUGUAAUAGCAACGGACAACCUGAUAAAGUUCUCAACUGAUGAAGUUACAUGGUAUCCUGGAUCUGCUGGUUUUGAUAUGCACGGAAAUUUAGCCUUUAUGGUCUGUGAUCCGAUGAAGCUUGCACCUUCUACGCCUACUGGGUAUGCUUCCGCAUCAUCAACUGCACUCCUUUCGUCAAAGAAGGAUGUGCCAACACAGUUUGGGAUGCCCAUUCCUGCAGUCUGUGGUUGGUUGAAGCAACAUUGGAAUGGUAACUUAGAAGAUGUUAGCAAGCCAAUGAUGCCUCCCGCACGAUUAAUAUCCGCUGGGCAACGAAGUGAGUGUUCCUCUCUUGGUCGUAUUAACUACAUCAAGACCAUGGAGCGAGAGGGUGGUGAUGUGAUAUCAUCAUCACAAAUACCACCUAGGCUGACACAGCAUAAUGGAUCAUGCAGUUCAGCUUCUGCGAAGAUUUCAUGCGGUGAAAAUGAUUCUGUUGACUCACAUUCUAUUCAUGAACAACAAGAUCUGACCUCACAAAUGCAAGAACCGAAGAUUGAGCAUCCUGCUUCACUUAUGGAUAAUAACUUUCCUCCAGGGCAUCCAAGAUCAAUUCGCCUGCCACUUCCUCUAAAGCACAUGAUGUCUCAUGAGAAUAAGAUAAAACCGAACCCUUCAUUUUCACAUGAAGCACAGCUAGCUAAUGUGAGAAUCAAUUGUGGAACUCUUCACAAUGUUGCUUACCAAGAAAAUUGCUGGAGUGAGGCUCAGUCAAGUUCUUCUCCUCCAGAGAGAUCAGAUUUGGGGGAUGAGAGAGGUGGUUUUAGCAGUGGGGAGGAGACAAUGUACUCCGCAGAAACUAGGGAAAGCCGAAAUAUCCCUAGUCCAAAGGAAAAGAAUCCUAAGAUGGUUGGUAGAUCACAAAGUUUUGUGAAUCAUAGCAAGUGGGACUCACCCAGAAGUGUUGAAUCUUCGAAAGGGGUUCCCUCAAAGUCACAUACCUUCAUACCUUUGAGAAAACCACAUUUGCAGGCUGCAGCCAUUUCACAGAAAAGCCAAGAUUUUUUCAGCCCUACUGUCUCAUCAAGCAUGAAAAAGAGAAACUUAUCACAAAUUCCUAUGAAACCUCGACAAAGCGCUCAAGUUACCUCCAAGUGGAUUAUCUGAUAUUAUCAACUUUCUUCAAGCCAUACAAAGAUACCAUAUCUUUUGGUUCAGUCAGUUCCACGAAUACUUCCUUUUUAGUUAUGUAACUGUAUGGUGUAAAUUUAUUCUAGUCACAAACUACUCUCUAGUGAUUCUUUUCAGUGUAACAUAAUCUAGCUUAUAUUCUUUUCUGUUUGCCAUGCAUUCGCCCAGUGAAUGUAAAUUUUAGUCAGACAGGUAGCCAUGGAGAAUGGACUGAGCAUUCUUGAUUUUCCCCAACAGUUUAUGCAAGGAGCAAUGAACUGGGAAUCUGGGAUACACUGGCAUAAGAAGCAGUGCUUACCUACUCAUGAAGCUGCAUAAGAAGUGUUCCAUUUCUGUGGGGGAGAAUAACUGGAUAAGCCAAUGCAGUUCUGUCCAGUUUUGGCAAGAGCACCCCAGAGUGGUUCGCCAAUCUCCACCAUUUGAAACUGUUUGGUAUGGAUCACCUUUUGAAUGUUAAGUGAUAG